GUAGAGUUCAGUUUGAAAAAGUAAGGAGACUGCUAUAAAUUGUGUUUGCGACUGUAACUAUUCAAAUUUUUGCUGCCAAAUUCAAUUUCAAAUUUUGUUUGAACUACACAAUUAUGAAUUUUUCAAAUAGGGAUAUAACAGUUUUGUAUAUUUUCAUACUUAAUUCUGUUUUAAAUGCUAUACCAGCAAAUGGACAAAAUUUGUUUCAAUCUUUCGUAGAUACUGUAGCUUCAAGUUUUACAUCAUCCAGUGAAAAUGAUAUUACUGUGCCUGUAGAUCAAUUUGAUAACAACACUAUCGUUCAUGAUGGUCAAGGUUGCUUUUGCACGCCAUUUAAUUUAUGUAAGACUUACGAAUCUGAUCCUGAUGGCUUUUCAAGUAUUGAUAUCAGGAUAAAUAUUGGACCUUGUCACAGUUAUUUAGAUGUGUGUUGUAACGAUACAAAUCUUUUAGUCAUCACAACUCCUAAUUCAGUAGAAGAGAGUUUUUCGGUUGUACCCCAUAAUUCUUUACCAAAACAAGAAAUUACCUCUGUAAGUACUAUUAAUUCUGAAACCACGUCAAAUUUUGAGCCAUCAACUAUACACUCUAACGAAUACCAACCAACAAGUUAUGAACCUGAAUCACAUACAAGUACAUCAGAUUAUAGAGACACAACUUCUAAUGAAGAAAAUAAAGUAUCAAUUGGCUAUGUUUCCACAAUUAUUCCUGAACCAGAACCUGCUAAAAAGCUUGAAUGUGGUAGUUGGAAUAAAGCUGGAGUAGGUUUUAGAAUUGUUAAUGCGAUAAAUGGUGAGUCCAAUUUUGGCGAAUUUCCAUCAAUGAUUGCAAUUCUUGAAGAAGUUGUACCUCAAUCAGGUGAUGCAAAAAGAUUAUAUAAAUGUGGCGGAUCUUUGAUAAAGCCAAAUGUUGUUUUGACAGCCGCUCAUUGCGUAAUAAAAAAAGAUCCUUCGAAUUUAGUGGUAAGAGCAGGCGAAUGGGAUUUACAAACAGAAAAAGAACUUCUUGACCACCAAGACCGCCGAGUAUCUAAAAUCGUUAUUCACGAAAAGUACUAUGCGGGAGGACUUCAUUUUGAUGUAGCUUUAUUAUUUAUAGAAGAACCUUUUAAUCUACAAGAUAACAUUCAAACCAUAUGCUUACCAGAACAAGAUCAAAAGUUUGAUUUUUCACUGUGUUAUUCUAGUGGAUGGGGUAAAGAGGUCAUAUAUAAUAACUAUACAAUCACUAAAAACACACCAGAAGGUGUAAAAAGUGAAGUUGGACAUUAUCAAGUCAGUAUACUUAAAAAAGUUGAACUCCCUAUUAUACCAAGAGAUACUUGUGAGAGUACCUUAAGACAAUCCAGACUUGGUCCAAGAUUUAUGCUCCAUCAAAGUUUUAUUUGUGCAGGAGGUGAAGAAGGAAAAGACACCUGCAAAGGCGAUGGAGGUAGUCCAUUAAUGUGUCCAUUGGAUUCUGAUUCAAAUUAUUUGGUUCAAGUAGGAAUCGUUGCUUGGGGAAUAGGAUGCGGUAACAAACUACCAGGAGUUUAUGUAGAUGUAGCUUACUUCAGAAAUUGGAUAGAUAAUAAAAUAUUAUCAUAGAAGAUUGCUAUACUCGUGUUUUAAAUAGAUAUUUUACUUUUAUAAAUGUCAUUCAUUAGAUUAAUUAAAUAAUUUAAUUAGUUAUAGAUAUUAGAUUAUGUGACUAAUAGUAUUAUUGUUGAUAUAUAAAACUCAAAUUUCAAUUUUUUGAGAUUUAUCUUAUAUUAAUAUAUUAUAAUAUUGCUAUUAAUAUUAAUAAUAUUUUUUGUUAUUUAUUAAUAUUUAAAGACUAUUCGAUCGAUAUAAGUAUAAUCAUGUUUAUUUUAUGUAACUGAAUAAUAUGCCAUUUUACAA